AUGAUGCAAGGCAGAGGGAAGAUUCGCGCUCCUCGCAGAGGCGUGGGCUCACGAGACAAUGCCGACUUCGACCAGUGCUGGGCCUUGAUCUCAGAUGCCAUCUCCGACAUCCAUACCCAAAACGCGGGCAGACUGUCCUUCGAACAGCUGUAUCGGGCCUCAUACAAGAUCGUUCUUAAGAAGAAGGGGGACCAGCUCUACAACAAGGUCAAGGAAUUUGAGGAGAACUGGUUCAGCACGAGGGUGGUCCCCGAGAUCUUCCAGCUCAUCACCAGAAACCUAGUCGCCGUCGCUCUGCAUGAUGCCACUGGCACUUCUGCAAACGAACGUAGAGCGAUCGGCGAGAAGUUUCUCAGGGGCUUGCGAGACGCCUGGGAGGCGCACAACAGAUCCAUGAACAUGGUCGCCGACUUCCUCAUGUACCUCGACCGAGGCUACGCCACCGACAGCAAGCGACCCUCCAUCUACACCGUCACCAUUGGUCUCUUCCGGGACCACGUCCUGCGGACGAGCCUUGCAGCCAAGGCGAGCGAGGGCGAAGACCUGUCAGGACUGAGCGCGGAGGACCUGGCUAGUCGCAACAUAUUUGACGUUCUCAACGCAGUCAUUCUCGACCAGAUCAAUAUGGAGAGGGAGGGCGAUGUUGUGGACCGGACCAUACUGAGGGACUGCGUUGCCAUGCUCGAAACUCUAUACGUGACCGAUCUGGAAGAAGAGCACGAGAAACUCUACAUAACAGGAUUCGAAGAAUGCUUUCUGCAUGACAGCCGGGCAUACUACCGAAAUGAGUGUCAAAAGCUGGUCAGAGAGGGCAAUGCAAGCGUAUGGCUGCGGCACACCAAGCGGCGCCUCACUGAGGAGCAGGACCGGUGUGCCACUACUCUAUCCAAGCUUUCACUGCACAAGAUCCUCAAGGUUGUGCAAGAAGAGCUUAUUAUGGCCCACCUGGACGACUUCUUAGCCAUCGAAGGAACCGGACUGAGGGCUAUGCUCGAUAAUGACCGAUUUGACGAUCUGUCGAUCCUGUACCACCUUAUCUCGCUCGUGGACCCCGACAAGAACGCCCUCAAGUCGGUUCUGCAGAAGCGGGUGAUCGGAAUGGGCAUGGAGAUCGAGCAGGAGCUCAAGAAUACCGACUUUUCUGUUGCCGCGUCCGUCGGGGGUCCUGCUCCAGCAGCCGAGGGUGCGGAGAAGGCCAAGGUUCAGCCACUGUCCCAAUCCGCACAACAGACAGCGGCGGCCAUCAAGUGGGUGAACGACAUAGUCCAGCUCAAGGAGAAGUUCGACAAGAUAUGGACUAGGUGCUUUGAGGAGGACAUGUUGGUGCAGUCCUCGCUCACCAAAGGCUUUACCGAACUGUUCACGCUGUGCAAACGUAGCGCCGAGUAUGUUUCGCUGUUCAUCGACGACAGCUUCAAGCGCGGAGUCAGGGGCAAGAGCGACGUCGAGAUUGAUGCCAUUCUUGACAAAUCCAUCACCAUGAUCAGGUUCCUCACGGACAAGGACAUGUUCCAACGGUACUACCAGAAGCAUCUGGCCCGACGAUUACUGCACAACAAGAGCGAGAAUCCCGAGGUGGAGACACAAAUGCUCGCCCGCAUGCAGCUCGACCUUGGCAAGAACUUCACCACCAAGUUCGAGGGUAUGUUCAAAGACAUGAAAAACUCGGAGGACUUGACGAGCAACUACCAGAAAUACGUUCGUGGAUUGGGCGAUCUCGACAGUAGCAGCAAGGUUGAGCUUGGCAUCAACGUCCUCACGACCAACAACUGGCCGUCUGAAGUCAUGGGCCGCUCGGGUGAUGCUCCCAAGACGCAGUGCAACUACCCGCCAGAUAUCCAGCGACUGCAAAAGAGCUUCUUCACUUACUACCUCAAGGACCGCAGUGGCCGGCAGCUCACCUGGGUGGGCUCGGCGGGCACCGCCGAGAUCAAGUGUCUCUUCCCCAAGAUCUCCGGUCAGGACAAGGGACCUCUGAGCCGCGAGCGACGGUAUGAGCUUACGGUGCCUACGUUUGGCAUGGUGGUGCUGAUGCUGUUCAACGACGUGGCCGAUGGUGAAGGCCUCCUCUUCGAGGAGAUCCAGGCGGCCACAAAUAUCCCUACUGCCGACCUGACUAGAGCCCUGGCCUCUCUGUCGAUCCCGCCCAAGUCCCGGGUUCUACUGAAGGAACCCAUGACCAAGUCCGUCAAGUCCGGCGACAAGUUCAGCUUCAACACGCAGUUUGUGAGCAAGACGCUCAAGAUCAAGGCACCUGUUAUUAACGCGGUGUCCAAGGUUGAGGGCGAGGAAGAGAGGAAGGAUACCGAGGAGAAGAACGGCCAGAUGCGUAAUUUUAUCAUUGAUGCCGUGGCCGUCAGAAUCAUGAAGCAACGCAAAGAGCUUCCACACUCUCAGCUCGUUAGUGAGAUCAUUACGAUGCUUGUUGGCCGCUUCCAGCCCGAGGUUAGCAUGGUCAAGAAGCGAAUCGAGGACCUGAUCGUCCGAGAGUAUCUCGAGCGAAUCGAGGACGCAGAGGUUCCCUCGUAUCGCUAUUUGGCUUGA